AUGAACUUUGAUUUCUUAAGUGUUACUGAUCAACUAAGAAAUUUUCUUACAUUCAAUGAUUUACCAAAUGGAUGUAUCGAAUAUCUACUUAAUAUUUUAUAUAUACAAUCUAAUUCACUUCUUAUUCAAUUGAAUCUAAUCAGCUAUAAUAAUGAUCAAAUGAAUAUAGAUUCAGCAUAUACUGCUGAAAUCACUUCUAAACAUCAUCACCAUCAGGAUGAUGAUGCUGAUGAUGUUGAGGAUGAUGAUGAUGACGAUGACGAUAGAUCGUUAAUGACAUUUGAUAAGUUACAUUGUCUCCUUAAAUUAUUAUGUUUAUUUGGAAGAAAUGAUCCUAUUCAACAAUUCAUUAUUGAAGAUCAUUCUAUUCAUCAAAUUAUAUUAAAUCUAUUGAAAUUGAUUUAUCAUUCAAAAGUUUUUGAUCUAUUGAAUCUUAUAGUUUACUUCAUAGAAAUAUUCUAUGAUCCUUAUGGAAUGUGGAAUAAAUGGAAAUCUAUUUACUAUGAUCAAAAAUAUGAAAAUUUAAGAUUUUUCACUUCUAUAUCUACAUUAUCAAAAGAAUCACUUGAUAAUAUUCAUUUAAGUAUAUUCGAUUUAAUUAAACAAAACAAUGACAAUGCAACAAUUCGAACUUUGCUGAUCAACGCUUAUUGUUAUAUAUCAGUUGGAUGUUAUGGUUUUUUAAAAUACAAUCAUGUACACGAUUUGUUUUGUUUAAUCAAUCAAUCAAAUCGACCACUUACGGAAUUAUCAUCAGCAUUAUCAUCGUCAUCAGAACCUCAGGGAUUUAUUAUAAUGACGAAUAUUGACCAAUCAAAUCAAUCUCAACAAUAUAAUGAAGAGUUUGUUGUUAUAUCAAGUUUUUUAAUUUAUGGAUUAAGUCUUCAAGAACCAAACAUGAUUACAUUAAAAUUAGCGGUAGAUCAAUUUCGUUUUGAUAUUGGUAAUAAAGGAACUCUUUCCACUAUUGAUUAUUAUUAUCAAAUUCUACUUAUACAAUUAUCUAGUCGUAUAAGACUAUGUUAUCAACAUCAACCAGAGAUUCUUCUAUCAAAUAUACAACCAGUAACAUUCAACGACUCGUCGUCGUCGACUUCUUCUUCUUCCUUUAAGAGAUAUUAUCAAUACUUUUUAACAUUUCUAGCCUCUAUUGAUAUGAAUCAAUCAUAUUGUAAUAUAUUUAUUACAUCACAAUUAAAAAGUGAUACAACAUUGAUACCUUCUCCUUUAUCUAUAAAAAGAUUACCGAAUUCUUUUUAUGAUCAAUUAACAGAAUAUUUAUGUCAUUUAUAUGAUUCUAAAUCAGAGAUCAAUCAUAUUCUCAAUGUGAUUGGUAAAAGUCUUUUAUGUUGGGCUUUUGGAAUACUACCAAUGUGUAUUGAUCCACAAUUAAGUCAUUUGUUAGACAAUCCUUGUAAUGAAAAUAAUUCAAAAUCAUAUACCCAUGUUAUUAUUCAUGGUGAUAUUUUGAUUGUUUUAUUAAAUUGGAUCGUUUAUUUAUGGAAUGUAAUGAAUUCAUCACAAUGUUCAUCAUACAACAAAUCAAUAAAUGUAACCAUUUUUCAUAUUAUUCAUCAAAUAUUGAAAAUAAUUAUUGAUUGUUUAUUGGAUCCGGAUACAAUUGGACAAUUGAGUAAAGCAUAUUGUUGUCAAGUUGGAUUAAUUCGAUAUGCAAUAAUUCCAAAUAUUGUUAAAUUAUGUGAAUUAUUAAAACAUAAACUUGGCAUAUUGAGUACUGAACAAGAAAAAGUUGAUUAUAAGGUAGUGAAAUAUCAAUAUUUCCAAACACUUAAAAUCUUCAAUAUGUUUUUAACCAUACUUCAAUGUUUAGGAGAAUUUUCAAUGUCUGCUCCAGAUCUUGCAAAUUUCCUAAGAAUGUUUCGUUCAGAAUCUGUUAGAUUAUUUUGUAAUAGAAUACUACAAAUACUUGUAAAAAUUACACAAAAACCUCAGCUGAAUUUAACUCCAUUACCAAGUUCUGGCUAUUGGUUUCAAUUUAGUCAACCACAAGACAGUCUUCUUGUUUUACCAGUUGGACCGGAAUUAGGAGAUUUAAAAUAUGAUCAAGAUAUCAGUAUUACUUUUGAAAACUCAUUUACAUCAAUCAAUCCAUUAUCAACUGAUAUCAGUUUACAUUUUUGGUUAUCGAUUAAUAAUCAAUCAACUGAUAAUGAUAAUUCACUUAGUGAUCAAUUUCAAACAAUCGAUUCAAAACGAUACUGCCUUUUCAGAUUAUUAUGUACAAAUGGAAAUGGUUUAGAGAUAUUUUUGACAAAAUAUGGUUAUUUAGUUGUUGCUGUAUCAACACAAGAAGGUUUCAAUUAUGUUGUUACAUGUGGGCCAGAUAAAUUAACACCGUGUGAAUGGCAUUCUGUUGCAGUUGUCUUUUGUCAUACCCGUCGUCUUUUAGUUACCAAAGCUAUACUCAAAGUCUUUAUAGAUGGUAAUAUUUGUUAUUCUGGGGAUUUUCCUCAUCCACAAAUAAACGGAAAUAUAUUCAUUCUACAUAUUGGUGGUUGUCCAAAUUGGGUUGAUCAAAUUGCUUACACUAAAUUAUUAUGUAAUAUCAAUUCUAGAACUGGUCGACGUAAUGCUGUUAUAUCUAAACAACAAACGAUGAAUAAACGUUCAUAUAUCAAUCGUGAAACUUUAUCUGUUUCAUCAAUUUCAUCAAUAUAUCAAGAAAAUUUAAAGAAUUCCUUUAAUCUUUUCUCUCGACAACUUGAAAUUGGUAAAAUACAUAAAGUGGAUCUAGGUAAUGAACGUUUAUUAUGGGGAAAAUUAUGUUCAUUUCAAGGGAAAUUAAUUUCAUGUUCUAUGUUUAAUGAAGCAUUAUCGGAUAUUAUAUGGCAAGAAGUUUAUUCACAUGGACCUUGUAAUUUAACAUAUCUAUUGGACAAUGGAUGUUAUAAUAUAAACAAUACUACUACCAAUACUACUACUACUGCUACUAAUACUACUUAUACCAAUAUCAGUAGUAUUAAUACUGAUGAUUCUACUGGGAAUAUAAAUCAUUUCACAAAAAUUAUAUUUCAUUAUCAUGCUAAAGCAGUAAAUUUAUAUAAUUCUAUAUGUUUAGAAUUAAAUAGUGAAAAUCUUGGUUUAAUUAGUGCAUUUGAAUGUAUCCAUUUGUUACCAUGUCAACAAGAAAAUCAAUAUUUAUUAAUUAAUGAAAAUUUUUAUCAUAAAUAUUUAUGGUUUAAACAUAUUUAUUAUAAAUGUAAAAAUUAUGGUGGUUUACCAGCAACCAUAUUAGGACCUAAACGAUUUGAAACAUUUCGAAUAACUGAUUCAAUCAAUCAAAUUGGAGGUAUGGGUGUACUGUUACCAAUUCUUAAAUUACUUCGAUAUUUUCCAACAAAUGACUAUGAUAAUUCAUUGAAGAAAUUGUAUCCUAUAGAUGCUACAUAUUUAUCAACAGAUGAUAUAGGUUUAACUGAUCUAUUCAUCUUUGCAUAUCAACGUUAUAUUCAUGAUAUGAAUAUUGUGUUCAAUGAUGAGAUGACAAAAACUGAUAAUCUACCUCAUGAUAUGGUCUCCAUGAAGACAUCUUAUAAUGUUUCAUUGAAUGAGUCAAGUGAAUUACGUCCACGUUCUACAUCUCUUUCGUUAAUUGGCACUGAUGGUACUAGUAAUAGUACACCAAAUUCAAAAGAUGAACGAAGUAGUUCUUUUUGUUCAAUUAUAUCUAAUAGUACAUUGAGUAAUAGUAGUGUGGCUAAUCUACUCUUAAUUCUUCGUAAUUUAAUAUUGUCAAAACCGGAAAAUCGUGUACAAGUUUUAUCUCCUGAUUUUAUAUUACCCCUUUUAUACCUUUUAAAAAAGCUUCAUCCAUUACGUUUCGAUUCAUUUGUAGUAUCUACAAUUCAUGAUCUCUUCCGUGUUCUUAUCUAUUUACCUAGUAAAAGACAAUCUUUAUUCAAUAUGAAUACAAUACAAAAUUGGUUUGAUAAUCAAACUAAUCAAAUAUUAUCUGGAAAUGUUUUAUAUCUUGCUUGUCAAUUAUUAUUAGACUGGGAUUUAUGGUCAAAACCUAAUUCCAUAGCAAUUAUGUUACAUUUACAGAAAUUAAAUCAAUUGGUUAUUGAUUAUAAUAGUUUAUUAAAGGAACUAUCAGUUGAUUCAUUAUUAGGAUCACUUGUACAGUAUCAUAAUCAUUUAGAUUCAUGGUUAAAUGAUCUGCCCACAACAUAUACUACUGAUAUCUUAUUCAAACUACCUAUAUUAACUACUAAUAUAAGAAAUAAUAAUGAUAAAUAUGAAUUAUUAAUAUCAAAUCAAAUAAGAAUAGAAAUGUGUAAAUUAAUUGAAGUGAAACUGUUGCCAAGGGCACAAAGUAAUGAUUUAAUGAAAUUAAUUAAUUUUAUUAUCACUUGUCCAAUUAUGAUAUUGGUAAAGGAUGUAAUAACUAUGUUACAUAAUUGUUUUGAUCGAACUCAUACCAAUGAUCCAUUUACAUUAUUCAUUUAUGAAUCAGAUUUAAUUGUAAAAUUGUAUAGUUUAUUACUUAGAUCAAAUUAUCAAGUGGAUAUUGAAACUAAGAAAUUAGUAUUAAAGUUUAUUCAUAAAUUAGCUUUAUCUGAUCGAGUCACGGAUAAAUACAAGUCACAAUUAUUUCUUAAAGAUUGGAAUGGUUUCAGUUCAUUAUUGAAUGAUAAUAAUAAUUCAAAUAUAUUAAUAUUAUUACAAGAUUAUGAAAUUGUUAAAAUAUUCUUGGAUCUAAUGAAACGUGGUCCUUCAUAUGAUAUUUUGGGAUUGUUACGUUUAAUGGAUCUAUUAUAUCAAAGUCCAUUGAAAUUUCGUAUUUUAGCAGUAAAUACCUUUAUGGAUAUAUUUAAUAAAUCAUCAAGAUAUGUUAUUGAAAUUUUAAAUCAAUUCCCAGUAUUCUUGGAUUCAUUUUUCCGUUUAUUGAUUAAAUGUCCUAAAGAGAAUACUCAUCAACUUGACCGAAUAUCAAUAUCUCGAUUUGGAUUAAGUGGGAUUCGCUUACCACAAAAACAUUUAAGUGACGUUCAUUCAAAACGUCUAGGAUCAACGAAUGAUUCUGGUCAUGGUAGUUCAAUUAAUUCACAAACUGAUGACUUAUACUCACCAACUCUAUCUAUUCCACAGAAUAAAACAUCAAUAACAUCAUCUUUAUCAAAUAAUGAAGUAGAAUCUGUCUUCAAUAGUCCAACCAAUACACAUAUCCCUGAUAUAAUGGAUGAUAUGAAAGAUAUCAACCUAUUGAAUUCAUUUCCCAUUUCAAGUAUGAAACAAGAACCUAUUACUAUUUCAGAUCAUAUUAGAACAAAUCAACGUUCAGUUUCAAUAUCCAAUAAUUAUAAUCUAAAAAAAACUUUACCUAUUCAAUCUCCAGUUUCAUCUUCUAACACUUUUCAACAUUAUACUACUUAUAACAAUAUACAUAGUAGUAUAAGUAAUUCAUAUAAAUUAUCAUUAAAAAAUGAUAACAUUUUAGAAGAUAAUUUAACUCAAUUAAUUAUUAAAUGUUUACAUGAAAUUCUAUGGAUGUCUAGUCAGUUAGAACGUUGGCAUUUGAGUACAACCAUUACAAAUGAUGAUCCAUGGGUGGGAUAUUAUAGAGCUAUGGUAUCAUUUAUGGAAAUCAGUAGUCAGUAUGUUCUUAUAAAACCUGCAUUUUGGAUUAUUCAACGACUAUUUGAAUUCAUUAUUUAUUCAUUAGAACAAUCAUUACCAAAUUAUAAUCAGAAUUUGUUGUUUCCAGGUGCAGUUGAUGGAGAUAAAGUUCGUAGAGUUGUUCAUUUAUUUAUGAUGUUUCUAGUUGAUACUACUUGUAAUCAUAAAAACUGGAUCGAUUAUGAAUAUCGGGUAGAAUUAAUGGAAUCCUUACUACAUUUAUUACAAGAAUCACUUCUUAUAUGGGAAUUAAAUUCAUUACAAUGGAAAGAAGUUCAAGCAUUAACUAUACAUUUAAUUCUAUGGUGGAUUAUUAAUAAUAGUUAUUUACAAUCUCGUCUAUUUAUUUAUUCAUUAACUCACUUACAUUAUAUCAUUUAUCAAUUGGAAUCAAGAUCAUGUUUUGAAGAAAUUGCAUUUCUUGUUUAUCGUUUGGACAAAGUAAUAGAAAUAUGGUCAAGAUAUGAAGAAUCCAUGAUAAAUGUAGAUGAUAUACAUAAAAUGGAAAAACUCAGUGAAAUUCCCAGUGAUCAUUCCGUGAAUAUUCCUCUUAACCACGAUGUAAGAAAUGUAAAUAAGAGUAUUCCUUCUGAGACUAAUCCUAUCAGUGACCAUUUAUCAUCACAUAUGAAUACCAAUUCACAAUCACAUAAUCUACUUGUAUAUUUAACUCCAAUAAUCUUUAAAUUAUUUAAAGAUUAUAGUGUAUUAUUAGAAAUGGAGAAAUGGACACCUAAUUUACCAAAGAUGACAUCUGAUUUUCUUGAAAAAUUUAAAGUUUAUCGUACUAUACCACAUGGUGAAUGGCAAUGCUUUCUUGAAAACCGUCUUCAACCAGUAGCAGAAUUCUAUACAAUUCAAUAUAUCAUCAGUACAGCAACAAAUCAAAGUAUAUAUCGUGCUAAAGCUAAUGAUGAUAUUGAAAAAUCUCGUUAUAAACAUAAACAUUAUUUAGAUAAUAUAUCAUUUAAUUUACAUUCUUAUCUAAUACAUAACAUAUCUGAAAUAUCCAAUGAAUCAUUGAUCAUUCCAUGUGUUGUUGAUCCAUCAACUUCUGAAAGGUUAACUGAUCAUUCUGUGACCAUGACAACAAAACAUAUUACAUCAAUCGAUAAUAAUCAAUAUGAUAUAUCUCAAUCAUCUCUUAUCAACAAACAAAAUUAUUAUCCAACAGAAAUAGAAAAAUAUAAUCAACAAAUGAAUUAUUGGCAUGCUUUAUCAUAUCAAUUAAUGUAUACAUCAUUGAAUGCUCCAUGGUUUAUAAGUUAUGCAAAAGUUGAACAUUGGCGUUUAUCUGCAUUGGAAACAAUCAGUCGUAUACGACCAAAAUUAGAACCAAAUGUAACAUUCAAUUCACAUAUAAAUGCUAGUGCUAAACGAGAUGGUUUAUCUUUAAUUAAAUUUAUACAAUCACGUAUACGACCACAUUCAGUAGAUAAUGAUCAUACAUUAUUUAUGGCAUCUAUUUGUCAUUCAUUAUCCACAUUGAAAGCUUCUUCUAGUGAAACAAGUUUAGAUAUUUCACAGAAUGAUGAAAUAGAAUGUAAUACUGAUGUUAUUAUGAGACAAAUUAUGAAACAUCCUCAACUUUUGAAUCAAACAUCCGUUGAAGAAAAUGAUGAUCGUCAUGGAUCGACUUCAAAUAAUGAUGAUGAUAUAAUUCAUAUGGAAAAUGAAGUGUUUGAUUUAUCGGAUGAUCGACGUGGUACAUUAAUUCCAGAUGAAUCUAUAAAAACUCCAAUCAUCUUAUCCAAUUCUUCGAACACUUCCACUGAAGAUCCAGUCAAUGAUGAUAACCAAUUAAAUCAAGUUAAGAUAAGUAACAAUUCUAAUAAUGAAUCCUUUAUCUCAUCUAUAUCAUCUCAUCAAUCAACUCCAUUGAAUUCAUCAAUGAUUCAUUAUAUACCUCAAAUACAAAAAGGUAAAGGUAUUCUAUUCAGUGUGAAUGCACAAUUAAUUCUAGCAAUUAAAGUCAUUCAAGGUAUAUUAACAUUAACACAGAAUCGUCUGAUAUUUGAUACAUCUAUUCAUAAUGUCAUUAACGAUAAUAAUAGUAAUCUAUCUAAUGAUGAUUACAAUACUACUAAUGAUACUACUGAAUUAUCAAUACCAUUUGGAUAUAAAAUUAUCAAUGAAAAACUAGAUGUAAACAAUACAAAAUUGAAUCAUUCUAGACAAAUAUUCUAUAUUCGAUAUAAUUGGUCAUUAGCUAAAUUACGUGAAUUACAUUUACGUCGUUACAAUCUACGUCGUUCAGCUAUUGAGAUAUUUUUUGAAAACAAUUCUAAUUAUUUUUUUAAUUUUGAAACUAAAAUUCGUAAUAAAUUCUAUUCGAUCAUUAUGAGUUUACGAUUACCAAGAUUAGUUUAUAGUCAAGGUCGUAAUCCUAGAGAAACACUUAAAUUAUCUGGACUUACAGAACGUUGGGUAAAUAGAGAAAUAUCAAAUUUUGAAUAUCUAAUGCGUUUGAAUACAAUAGCUGGUCGAACAUUUAAUGAUUUAGGUCAAUAUCCUGUGUUUCCUUGGAUUUUAGCUGAUUAUACUUCUUCAGAAUUAGAUUUAAAUUCACAACAUACAUUUCGUGAUCUUUCACGACCUAUUGGAUUAGCUAAUCCGAAAUUCAUUGAAGAAGUCAGAGAGAAAUAUAAUUCAUUUGAAGAUCCAAGUGGUGUUAUGCAAAAAUUUCAUCAUGGAACUCAUUAUUCAAGCGCUGCUGGUGUCUUGCAUUAUCUUGUCCGUUUGGAACCGUUUACAACGUAUCAUGUAAAUUUACAUGGAAAUAAAUUUGAUGUUGCAGAUCGUCAAUUCUAUUCUAUUCCAAAAGCAUGGCGUUUUAUAUUAGAUAAUCCAAAUGAUAACAAAGAGUUAAUUCCGGAAUUUUUCUUUUUACCUGAAUUUCUACGAAACAGUAAUAAUUUUGAUUUAGGCUUUCGUCAAUAUAAUCAAAAUCGUAUUCAUGAUGUAGAACUACCGAAUUGGGCUUCAACACCAGAAGAAUUUAUACGUAAACAUCGUGGUGCAUUGGAAUCUGAUUAUGUUUCAUCACAUUUACAUUUGUGGAUUGAUUUAAUUUUUGGUUAUAAACAACGUGGUCCAGAUGCAGUGAAUGCAUUGAAUGUAUUCAAUUUUGUAACAUAUGAAGGUGCUGUAGAUUUAGAUAAAAUUAGUAAUUCAUGUGAACGUGAAGCUUUAGAAAGUAUGAUACAGAAUUUUGGACAAACUCCAAGUCAAUUACUUAAAGUACCACAUCCAAAACGUUUAACCUAUUCUGAAUGGUUAUCUAUAUUAAUUCAUCAGUGUAGAUUACCUGUUAUUAGUUUAUUAACUUAUACUAAUCUUAAACAUGACAAUUCAAUACACAAACAUAACUCCUUAAUACAAUCAACAUCUACUACUACUGCUACUACUACUACUAAUACUACUAAUAGUAGUAGUAGUAGUAGUAGUACUAGUACUACACCUAACAGUACAAAGCCUACAACAUUCUUUCAACGUCUUUUAUCUGAUAAUAAUCCAAAUGAUUAUUUUCAUUCAAUAUUCAAUACUCAUACAUUAUUUGAUAAGAUUGAAUUCAUCAAUCAUAAAUGGUGUACUAUAAAACAUUCAAAUAUCAAUGAUAUUGGUAUUAGUAUAGAAACAUUAAAAUUAAAAGAGAAUACAAUAACUCAAUUGAAUUCAAUCUAUUUAAUUGUUAUACCAGCAUUUUGUUGUCCAUCUAAACAAGAAUCAACUCUAGUGAAUACAAUCAAUAAAGAUUUAUCUUAUACAGAUAUUUAUCGUUCAACAAAUCUAUUAAAAACUCGUUUAUUCUCUACUGGGAAUUCAUCGAUGUUAUCAGCAGUAGCAGCAGCUGCUGCUGCUGGAUUAGUGACAACAACAAUGGCAGCAACAACUACAACACCGCCACCGCCACUACCACUAACAACAACAACAAUAUCUGAAAAUCAAUUACCAAAAUCUAAUUGGGAACGUUUAGCAUCAGCUGUUUUUACUAUUAAUAGUAGAGGUAUUAUUGAUCGAUAUUUUUGGAUACCAACUGAUCAACAAUCUAUAGAAUAUAAGAACAAUAAUAUUGAACCUUUAGAACAAUAUGGUUUAUUCUAUGAUUCAUAUCGUUCAUCACAAUAUGGCUCUGUUGGACCAUUUGAUUCAUCAUGGAUUCAUUUCAUUGAAAAUAUAAAUAAUUUUAAACUUGAUAAAAUAUUUUCUUUAAAUUUAUCUAAUACAAAACAAUCUUCAUCUUUAAAUACUAUUGGUUCACAAUUAUUUGCAUUAACCUAUGAUGAUAAAUGGUUAUUUAUUGGUGGAAGAUGGGAUGGACGUUUAACUAUAUAUAAUAUGUAUCAAUCAAAAAUUCAUGCUUUAUUAACAAGUCCACAUAUAGAUACAAUUAGUUGUGUUGCUAUGGAUUCAGCAUAUAAUUUAAUUGAUCGACAAUCAUUUACAUAUCAUGGUGAUUUUAAUAAAAUCAAUAAAUUCUUAAUAGAUCAAUAUAAGAAUUCAAUUACAACACAUUAUUAUAUUAUUACUGGUAGUCGUGAUGGUACAUGUGCUAUAUGGGAUUUUGAUAUUUUAAAUGAAGAAGAUAAUGAUGAUCGUGAUCGUGAUCAUGAUUAUGAUCAUAAUGAUGAUCGUGAUGAAGAAGAAGAUCUCAUAGAGUUUCGAUAUGAUCAUUCACCUUUUAUUAAUGAUUCAUUAUUAUCAUCAUUUAAUCAAAGAAAAUUAUUAAAUAGUAAUGUAUUAUUAUUCAAUACAAUCUAUUUACCUAAAAUGAAUUAUCAUUUACAAUAUAAAAAUGCUGGUAUACCAUUUUAUCCAUUUCAUUCAUAUAAAUCUAAAAAAUCAAAACGUUUAGCAAAAAUAAUAAAAAUUUUCUAUGGAAAUUUAUAUGGUAACCCAGUAACAUGUGUUGCAUUAAAUAUUGCCUUAGAUACAGGUGUCAUGGCAACAAAUGCUAAUCAUGAUCUAUAUUUAUUUAGUGUAAAAUUAUCAAAUUGGUCACGUGUACUUAAAUUGAAUACAAUCGAAUCAAAUAUUAUAAAUGAAUUACAUUAUCCAUUUGAGAUAUAUCCAAAUACAGAAAAGAUAUUUUUACAUAGAAAUAGAUAUACUACUGUCAAUCAUCUACUUAUAUCACCUAGAUUAGGUUUAAUUUAUAUACAAUGGAAUGUUAUUAUAAAAAUCAAUCAAUCUAAUAUAAAUAAAGAAGAAAUUGGACCUAAAUUAAGUUUAUUUAAUUCAAUCGGUGAAAAAUUAUUAGAAAUUUCACCAUUUAUUUAUACUACUGAUUAUAAUCAUAUAAGUAGUAAUGAAUUAAAUCAAAUAUUGUUACACAAAUUUUAUUAA